AUGCCGAGUAUAGUUUCAACAAUGGACGAGAAUAACAAUCCCUUUCAACAUUUUUGCCCUAAAAAUGAAAUCUUGUUUUCUACAGAUACCAAGAAGAGCACCAUUGAACCUAAUCUGAGUAGUGGAGGUAUAUCCUUGAAGAGAAAAAGACCACCAAAGAUACAAAUACCUUCAGUCUUGAAGGAAAUUCAGGUAGACAAGGUUAGAAUUAGGGAUUUUAACAAUGAUAAUAAGGUAGAAAAUAGGAUUGUUGAGUAUAUUGAACCAGGAGUUGGGGUUUUUUCUAUUAAAGGAAAGAAGAAGAACAUGGAAGAUACUCAUAUGAUUGCUCUGGGUUUUAAUGGAAACCCUAAGAAGGGUUUUUUGGGGGUUUAUGAUGGGCAUGGUGGUAGAAAAGCGUCAGACUUUGUUGCAGAGAAUUUACACAAGAAUAUAAUGGAAAUGAUGGAGAAUUCAGAAGGAGAUUCAGGAAAGAAGGAAGCUAUUAAAGCUGGAUAUCUGAAAACGGAUCAAGAAUUCUUGAAACAGCAUUUGAUCAGUGGUUCUUGCUGUGUCACUUGCCUUAUUGAGGAGGAGGACAUUACUGUCUCAAACUUGGGGGACUGCAGGGCUGUUCUGUGUAGAGGUGGUGUGGCCGAAGCUCUCACGACGGACGACAUAGCUCGACGAGAAGAUGAGCGGAACAGAAUAGAAAGCAAGGGAGGAUACGUGGAGAUUCACAGAGGUGGUUGGAGGGUUCAUGGUAUCCUUUCUGUUUCAAGAAGUAUUGGAGAUGUCCAUCUGAAGGAAUGGGUAGUGGCUGAACCUGAUACAAAAAUCUUGCCUUUGACUCCAGACAUGGAAUUCCUUGUCUUAGCCUCGGAUGGACUCUGGGAAAAGGUUGACAAUCAAGAAGCCAUUGAUAUUUAUCUUUGGUAG